CAAGAUUAUUAUACAGCUGUAUGAUUUUAAUAACAAAAGUAUGGCUCUGGUUACAUUGCAAUGGUUGCAUGAUUAUAACAGGUGUAUUAUUCAGUAUUCAGGCAAAGCGUAAGGCAUUCAUGCUGGAUAAAACACCAGGUUUUUCAAGAACGAAGUGAAAGAAAGGCGUGUAUGUUUUCUUAAGUCCAGUAUAACUCCGUUGGAUGUCUGUAGGGGAACUAUCAGCAUUUUAAAGCGCAAACGCAACAACUUACUCAGAAAAAAACAUGGAACAAGUUUUUCCUCGCCCAAUCAUAACAUUUAUAUUUGCUUUAAUAUGCUUGUUUGGAAAGAAAACAGAGGCUGCAACAAAUCGCACAAAUGAAACGACCGACGAACAGCGAUUGUACACGUACCUCUUACAAAACUACGAUUCUAAUACCCGUCCAGUGUUUAACGCAGCACAGCCCGUCAAUGUGACUAUUGGCAUAUCUCUGACACAGAUAUUUGAUGUGGAUGAAAGAAACCAAGUGAUUGAGACCAGCAUUUGGCUUGAUCAGGGUUGGAGAGAUGAAAAGUUUAUAUGGGAUCCUGAGGAGUAUAACGGACUGAAAGUGUUAAGAAUGCCCUGCGUCAGUAUAUGGAGACCGGACAUAGUGCUAUACAAUAGUGCCGAUGACCACAACAGUGGGUACAUGCAAGCCUUAGCAAUGGUUCAUAGCGACGGACGCGUGUUCUGGCCCCCUAUCGUGAAAUACAGGAGUACAUGCAACAUUGACAUCACAUACUUUCCGUUUGAUGAUCAGAUUUGCAAGUUAAAACUUGGAUCAUGGGCAUACGAUGGAUUGCAGGUUGAGAUCUUUCCCAAGGAAAACCCAGUAGAUCUGACUAAUUUUGUAAAAAACGGUGAAUGGGAUCUGAUCAAAGUGUGGUCUAUCCGAAAUCAGAUAACAUACCCAUGUUGUCCGGAACACUUUCCUGAUGUCACGUUCUACAUACACAUUCGUCGCCGAACCCUAUACUACACUUACAACAUUAUCAUGCCGUGCGUCAUGCUGUCAAUGUUAACACUAGCUGGGUUCUGGAUGAAACCGGAGGGUGGUGAAAAAGUUACCCUGGGCCUAACGGUUCUACUGGCCUUUUCGGUGUUCAUGCUCCUGAUUGCCGAAAAUAUGCCAGCCACAUCUAGCUUUAUGCCUCUUAUAGGUAUUUAUCUUACAACGAUUAUGUCCAUGACAUCGCUCUCUGUGAUACUAGCUGUUUUGACCUCAAACAUCAACCAGAGGGGUCGAAACCAACUUCCGGUCCCAAGAGUGUUAUCAUGUGUGCUUACUUUUCUGGGAAAAAUAAUGUGCAUGGAGGUGUUAUUUAUUCGCCCUAAACAACGAAAUUCAGACAACUUAAACAGCCAGUCGAAGAGCAAAAUGGACCAUCGUUUGCAUCGUUACUGUGGAGACCGGCAACAUCAGUUCAUGAGAAACACCGAUUCAGGAUGUUUAAUUGACUACGAAAACGGGACUUCGAAUUCGCAGAGCAGAACUGUUUGUUCACGUGAUACCCAGAUCGUUCAUCAGCCCGGUAGUCGCGAAAAUGACGACACCAACAAGGACUUGACGGUUAUCCUGAAGAAACUUGACGCACUCAUCGAAAAGGAAGAUGAACGUGAGGAAGGGGAAUUUUUAAUUAAACAAUGGGUUGAAGUUGCAGAGAUUGCUGACAGAUUUUUCUUCUGGAUUUUCGUAUUCGGUAUUGGCUUUGGAAGUUUGUUUAUCUUGGUGAUAUAUCCUUUAUAUAAAAACGCUGAAACAAUAGGCGAUUCUUUGUAAAAGAUGGUGUGGAAUUGUUGCGGCCUUAUUUGCUACGUAAUUGCGCAUGGCGUUUAAGACAAAUCACCUGUUGCAUUUUCAUGACUUCGGUAUUGCAACAUUCGCGAAAGCUCAAAUUUAUCAUAUAACGUGGUGUGUGUUAUUCUAUGACAUGAGACAGUUUUACAUUUUCUUAUAAAAUACAAAACUUGUAUGAAAAGUAUGAUAUUUCAUGUAUUAGUAUAUACCAUUUCCAGAACUUUGUUUUAGUUUUAUUAUCAUUCAUAAAUUCAUGUUUGUAAAUCCCAUACACGUUGCAUAUGUAUUUGCUUUUCUGUAAUGUCAUAUACAUAAUCUUCGGCUUGUUUGAAUAUCGCUUGUCCUAUAUAUAAAAACAAAACUGUACUCAAUAUUCUCCUUGUAAGUUUUUUUUUUUAAAUAUAGUCAACUUUCUGAUUUAUAUGAAUAAAAUAUAUGAUGCGA